AUGUACCUGUUGCACAGGUUCCCGGCCGACCCGGAUUUGAAACGACAGUGGUUAAGCGCCGUUAAUCGCAAAGAUUUCGUACCUUCACCAUCUUCGCGCGUGUGCUCCGAGCACUUCGUGGACGGCCGGAAAACAGACCAGAACCCCGUGCCAAUGCUGUCUCUGGGUUACGAUAGAAAGGUACUAAAAGGUCGUCGGCGUAUCGUAAAGCAUACACAUGGAACGCCGAAGAGGAUGAGAACGAAUGAGAGCCAACCGGGGCUACUGUCAACGAGCCCAAGUUCCGCGCAAAGCAUGCAAGAGGAGAUGUUGAGGAAUGAGCCUCGUAAAAGUGCCACUAAGGAACAAUGCAACACAGAGGAAGUUGCAGUGUCACAAUUCCUCAGUGCUGCUGCAUUGCUUGAGGACAGUGACAUUUGCUUUGAGAGUAGUAGCAUAGGGCUUCAUUCACCAUUGUCAUCAGCACACAUUCUUGUGACGGGCUCCCAAGAUGCCGAACGUGCACAACCGCAACGAAUGGAUGCAGCAACCCAGACAUCUGCCAGAGGCGGGCUUGCUGUUGAGGAAAGAGUGUAUGCCGGUACCCAGACAACUGCCACCAGCACGGUAGCAGGACAAACACAUGACCAGGGAACCACACUCUCUGCUGAUGACAUUAAUUUCUACACAGGGGUGUCACAGCCAGUGUUUAGUCAGAUGGUAGAAAUAGUAACAUUGCUUGCACAGAAGCUAAGCUUUCUGCCACGCGAAGACCAGCUCUUGCUGUGCCUUAUGAGACUGCGUCUGGGGCUCCUCUACGGACAUCUUGCAAGAAUUUUUCGUGUGUCCGUUUCAAGUGUGGGGAACCACUUUAUUUAUAUACUUGGAAUUCUCUCUGAAAUCAUGAAGCAAGUUGUUACCUGGCUACCACGAAGCUACAUUCGCAAUACCAUGCCCGACUCAUUCGUUCAGAAUGGAUAUUCCUGCACCACAUGCAUUCUUGACUGUACGGAAGUUGUGCUACAACGCCCGAGGAAGCUCAUGCCUAGAGCACAGACCUACAGUAACUACAAAGCUAACAAUACAGUGAAGUUUCUGAUGGCAAUUGCCCCGAAUGGCUUCAUAAUGUUUGUUUCCAAAGCUUAUGGCGGGCGUGCAUCCGAUAAACUUAUCACGAAAGAUUGUGGCAUCUGUGACCUUUUCAUGCCUGGGGAUGAAAUCAUGGCAGAUAGAGGCUUCACUCUGGACCACGAACUGCAAGUGCAGGGGAUUCGACUUAACACCCCAGCGUUCACAAGAGGGAAGUCUCAAUUAACAGAGGCAGAAGUGACCCAGACAAGACGGAUAGCCGCUGUACGGAUCCACGUUGAAAGAGCGAUCAACAGGAUAAAGACCUAUCGCAUAUUGAAACAGGCCUUACCCAUUGCAUCUAAGAAGGUUAUCAGUAACAUAAUUUUUGUAUGUGCUGGGCUCUGUAACUUAAAGCCACCCCUGAUCAGGGAAGCUCACAGGACAGCAUAG